CGGUGGGGAACCUACUCCCCUUCCUGCGGCACCUGACAGCGCAGGUGCACAGCGCCGUGCCGGGCGGGCUGGUGAUCUGGUACGACAGCGUCCUGCAGAACGGCAUGCUGAAAUGGCAGAAUGAGCUGAACGAGAUGAAUAAGGCAUUCUUUGACGCCUGUGAUGGGCUGUUCACCAACUACAACUGGAAGGAGGAGAACCUGGAGCGCACGCGUGCGCUGGCCGGGCCACGCCACACCGACAUCUACGUUGGCAUCGACGUCUUUGCCCGCGGGGAUGUGAUCGGUGGUGGCUUCGACACUGACAAGUCCCUGCGCCUGAUCCGCCAGCACGGCCUCUCCGCAGCCAUCUUUGCCCCCGGCUGGGUCUACGAGCACCUGGGGGAGGAAAACUUCCUGAACAACGAGAACAAGUUCUGGGGCUUGCUGGCCGAGUACCUGCCCACGCACAGCAUCUGCACGCUGCCCCUCGCCACCUCCUUCAGCCUGGGCAUGGGCACCAGCAGGUUCCUGGAUGGGAAGGAGGAAGAGGCCGGGCCCUGGUAUGACCUGAGCGUGCAGGAGAUCCAGCCCUUCUACCCGGAGCACGAGGGCAGGCUGAGCACCAGCUGCUGCCUGCAGGACGCUUGGUGCGGGGGCAGCUCCCUGAGGGUGCAGGGGACCAUCCCCCCUGGCGAGGAGCGUGUGGCCACCUGCCUUUUCUCUUUGCAGAUGCCGGCACCCCCCAAGCUCUUCCUGACCCUGCUGUACAAGCUGGAGGGGCCACACCCCGAUGAGUUCACGGUGUCACUGGAGCUCACCACCUGGGACUCGGGUACCUGCCACGAGGGCAACGUCACCUCGCUGCCUG